ACCACAGAUACGACGCGAAUUUACGAUUGCAAUGGUAGCUUGAAGAUAUGAAUCGCCAAUGAUGACUGAUCUUCUUGACGGCCAGAUACCAACUCCUCGAACAUGGGUGGCCGCGGACGUGUAAAGCGCCGACAAGUCAGUACCGACGAUGGCUGGACAGUUAUUACGCAUGGGUUCUCGAACCUCACUGUCGGCAAUGGCAAGAAGAAGGGCAAAGGUGGUAGAGGUAAUGUGCAAGCAGGCUCAAUGCCCGCGGAGAUAGUGCAUGGUCUUACAGCUGAGAAACUGCUCCAAGAUUUCCAGAAUCGCACUGAGAAAUGGAAGACUACGGCUUGCGCGCAACACUUAGAAGAUGUGUUACGAAAAAAUGAGUGGGCUGUGACUGAGGCCGUCUGCAUUGGGAUCGGCAGUUUCAGUCGUGAUUGGGAGCAUCGGCAUCGAGCUAUUUGGCAGCUGGUUCUCUUCAUGGGUGUUGUCUGUCACUUGCGAAAGUCGAGCACAGAGAUACAACUCCACGCCCAAGAACCUGCCUUCACAUCCCUCGAUCACGAAUUCCUCUCCCUCCUCUCUGUCAACGUCUGCGCCGAUAACAUCGCUACACAUUUUACAACCCGUUCCUUCGCCUUCAGCCCAUUUGUCGACUGGUAUAUACUGCUGCCUUUGUUCUUGAAAGACAAGAAUCCAGUGCUAUAUGUCGGCAACGAAAUUUUAGAUGAUUAUGGCGCGUUCGCGCGGAACGAGGAGAAGCGAGAGAAACUGGAGGAGUGCAAUAAGUUGGGGAAAAAGUGGCUGGAAAAACGGCAUGGUGUGAGACUGAGAGAAUUCGAGAUGCACCCGCAUGCUUUAAAUGGGAUGAUAGUCUACUGGAUCGAGGCGGAACAGAUUCACACUGCAGGGAUUGGCGCGAAUGGUGGUGCGAUUUCAGGGCAGGCAGGUGCUGAUGAGAGAGAUGAUGCAGAGGAACUGAUGUAUGAAAGAGCUACAGAAAGUAGCAUGAUACCUAAGGUCGCUCCGGAAAUCUGAACAAAUAAAAAGGAACAAAUC